GAUAAUACAGAUAACACAAAUGCCGGUCAUUCAGCGAACGUGCGGCACUGCUAACGGUAUUCUAAAGAUGUGUCUGCAACGCGGCGGCCGCCUUAUGUCAGUUUAACACGUAUUUCUCUGUGCGUCAGUGCGAUACGACGACCGCGAUGGAUAUGCUUCAGUUACAUCAAAUGCCGAAUAAAAGCGAGGCAGAACUGACUCCGGAGGAAAAAUGGAGGGUGGAACACAUAAAGAUGCACGAGCAGCAUCGAGGUCACGAAUCUAUGCACACAGAAAUGCUGCUUAUAUUGUUGGUGACGGUGACGGUAACACAGAUUGUACUGGUCGAAUGGAAGAAGAGACACUUUAAGUCCUACCAGCUCGUAACGUUAGUAGCUAUGUGGAUUAUUCCAUUUGGAAUUAGCUUGAAGAACCACUGGUGGAGAUUUAUAUUUUUAUGGCUUUUAUCAUCGUGUAUAACAGGUCUAGUAGUAAGAAAAGCCAUACAGAGACCAAUAGAAGGUACCACACCUAGACUAGUGUACAAAUGGUUUUAUUUUAUUUAUAAGCUCAGCUACGCGCUGGGUAUAAUCGGAUAUAUUUUAGUCGUAUUUACAUUCGUUGGUCUCAACAUCGUGUUUAAUGUCAAGCCUCACGUUUGGAUGGAUUGGGGCAUGUUGUUCCUAUUUUACGGUCUUUACUUCGGAGUGUUAGGAAGGGACGUUGCUGAAAUAUGCGCUGACACGAUGGCGUCGCACAUUGGGUAUUAUACCCCGGACAGUAUCCCGACCAGGGUUUUGGAGCCAAAUGUUUGCGCGGUAUGCGGAAAUAAACUUCUAGUUUCCGAGCACGAGGAGGGCGUGAUCGAAAAUACGUACAAGCUUACCUGUGAACACGUUUUCCACGAAUUUUGCAUUAGAGGCUGGUGCAUUGUGGGGAAAAAACAGACCUGCCCUUAUUGCAAAGAGAAAGUCGACUUGUCGAAAAUGUUCCGCAAUCCUUGGCAACGGCCGCACGUUUUAUAUGGCCAAUUGCUGGAUUGGAUAAGGUGGCUGGUUGCUUGGCAACCGUUAAUUUUGUUUCUAGUUCAAGGUAUCAAUUGGGCUCUGGGCCUUGAGUAAGUAACAAUGUUGGUUGAAAACCAACUGCUCUCACAUGCAUCAUUGUUGUUAUUGCAACGCUAAAGAGAAUGAUUAACUUAGUUCUCUGAUCAAUACUGUGUUUGUAUUUUUGUAUAUGCUGUUAUUAUUUUUGUUACCCAUAAAAAAAAGUUAUUAGAUAGGGAAUGUAAUGCCAGUGAGAAACCAAUAAUCCUACUCGUGUCUAAACGUUAAAAUUAAACGGCUUGUCAUCCUGAAAGAUAUGUGCCUCCGUGAAAGUAGAGCUAGAAGAAAUCACGACGAGCAUAUAUACACAUUUUUCAAUCAAAAAAAUACAAUAGAAAAUUUUAUCAUAUGAGAUAAAGUCUUUUUCAUAAUACAAUGAAAAGAUAUUAAAGCUCAAUAAACGCGUGAAAUUUAGAUGUAAUUGAAAUAUAUUUCUAAAAAUGUAUGCCACAUAUUAAGUAAAUCAUUAAGUGUGACUUAACGUAAGGAGCGAUCAAGUGCGUGACGGUAUUUUUGUAUUUUUCUUCUAAGGAGGAAAUCCUCGAAGGAGGAGGAUAUCUACGCAUAUUAAAAACGACUGUUUUAGAAAACAGUUGUUGCAUGUGAAAGACAUGAGAAGGAUUAAAAAUCAUUAUACCAUUGUAUCAUUAUCUUCAAUAUUGCUCUAUUUAAAACUAAUUAGUCCGUCUCAGCAGUUAUAGCAGUUAAAUAUCAGAUUAUAAUGACGUAUUAAAUUCCUACUCAUUAAUUUGUUAUUUAUAUUUCUUGCAAAUGUGUUCUAAUAACUUCCUACUAAUAACGAGUACAUUCUCCAACAUUCCUAAGCCCAUAAUGGGUGCUGCUUCCAAUAUUUGUUUUUCGUCAGAAGAUAUGCAGUUACAAGAAAGUAAAGAAUGCAUGUAUAUAUUUCGUAAACGACUGCUGUUCGCAAGAUGUUCAUAUUAUGAUAUAGUUUAUGUGAAAAAAAUAUUAGAUUGUAUCGAAUACAGUCGACAUGAAAUGUAUAUAUUUCUUUUUUUAAGCCGUUGAGUGACAUUCUCUGAUUAAUAUUGUUUUGCAAUUUACCUAUGAGAUGCGAGACAGAAAUGUAUUCUAUUGAUAACACACUAAUUAUUUAUGAUCUCAUUAGAGAAAUAUGUAUUCAUCGUUUACAAAUACUACUUUUUAAUUGGAGAAUAUACAUCAACAAUUUCGGCAAAUUUGUAGAAGCAUUUUUCGAAAAUUCAUGUUUCCACUAAUUUGUGUUUUCUACAAAACCUUUACAUGUAAUAACAUUUUUCUGGUAAACAUCACAAGUUUCAGCAGCAUUAAAAAAAAGUGGAAAACAGAGUAUUAUAACACAUAUAUGUAAAUCCAUGGUUGUAAUAUAGUUGCACUUAACUCUGUUGCUAGUCGCUCUAAUUAUUGAAAGAUUUUAAAGUGUAAUCUUAAUUAUUAUUUAUAAUAUUUCUUUUCUUAAGACCGUUCUAAGGGAGAAUAUCUGAUAUAUGUUACAUUCUCAGCAAUCAGUUGGGACUUUUCGUUCAGUUUCUUUUAAACUGGGCAAAAAUCUGUAAUGUCUUGUAUUACUCGAUUACAAAGUACAGUCAAGGGGAACGUAACAUGUAUCUCUUCCAUCUUGUUUCUACACUCAAAAUAGUGUGUAAUACAACCGACGAUUUGUAAAGAACGAAGCCACUGUCAAGAAUACGUUUUUUUUGCAAUAAAAUUAUGUACAAAACGAU